GGACAGACUAAUCAGACAUCAUGAAUCUCCCGUCGCCAACAAAACCCACCAUACUCAGAAAACAGUUUCGACCACGGAAAACCCGGCCGCCACCACACCCGACGAGUCAUCAGAUAUCUGAAGUUCAACUUUCUUCUCUUUUUGCUUCCCUGAAUCUGACUCAAUUCCAUCUUGUGGCUUCUACAAGAAAAAGGAACUUACCAACUUGGGGUGAUAUAAAAGCUCUUACCACUUCUGCUUUAGCCUUGGUGGAGGGAGAACGCAAACCUGUUACUCCUGAAACUGUCUUUAUUGCUAUUCUUGCUCUCCACACAGUCCAGUGCUCUCCCGAAGACUCUUCGCCUCUGUGAAAACCCUCCAACAAGAAAUUAUUCGUUUUAAACUACAAAAUAAAAAAGGGGGACAUGGCGUAGGCCAUGCAGGAGAGGGACGACCCGGACCCUGAUCGCAUAAGCCUGCUCUUGAGCAAGGCUCAGAGCCCUCUGGCAAGGCCACUUCCAAGGCCUGUGCAGCAGGUGGCGAUGGUGGGCUCUUUUGUAUCGCUGGAAUAAGCUAUGCUAUUUUGCUUUGCAUUGGGUUGAUCAUUUA